GGAAAAAAAAAUCAAGAAAUUGUGCAUGCGGCAGCCAUUUUUGACUCCAAUUGCGCGCUCAAACUCAGCACAACGUGCCUAAUGAUGCGUCGCACCGAGUGGGCGAGCAGAGCAGAUCCGUUGCCUGGCGCAAGUCCACAUCUUUUGUGUGAGCAUCUCCCCUCUCUGCUGCGGCGAUGCACGUCGGCUAUGGCAUCGUCGCCGUUGUCCUCGUCCUCUUGCCGCCGUCGGCCACGCCGGCUGGGAUCGCUGACUGCGACGAAGGAGUCGGCAACACGUACGUGGCCAACAGCACUUUCGAGGCGAACCUGAACGUCCUCGCCGCGGCGCUCUCCCCCAAUGUCUCCGUGGCUCCGGCCGGCUUCGCUGUCGCCACCGUCGGCGCGGAUCCCGACAAGGUCUUUGCGAUGGCGCUAUGCCGCGGCGACGUGAACGCCUCCGCUUGCAGCGCGUGCGUCGCGGCAGCGUUCGUCGACGGGAAGAAAGAUUGUCCUGGAAACAGCGGCGUCGCCAUGUACGAGGACGCUUGCGUAGCUCGCUUCUCCCGCUAUAGGUUCAUGGAUUUCCUCAGUCCGGAUCAGUGGCAGGUCUCACAGAUGAUUUGGUAUCCCGAGCAAGCCUCGGCGAGCGUCGAUGUGCCGGCGGUUGGCUGGUUCAACGCCGCCGUCACGAAGAUCCUCGCCGCCAUGGUCGACCACGCCGUGACCUCGACGACGGGGAACUCGACCACCAAGAAGUAUUUCGUGACGGGUGAGGAGGAGUUCGACCCCAACAUCUACGGGUUCGCGCAGUGCGUGCCGGACCUGACGCCCGCGCAGUGCAACGAUUGCCUUAAGGACCUCCUCUUCUAUGCAAAACAAGCGUACCUCGGCAAAAGCCUUAGCUGGGUUCGUGUCAAUUCGGUGUGGUGCAGACUGAUGUAUAGUGUGCAGCCAUUCUACCGAGGCCGGGCGAUGCUGCAGGUCUCGGCGCCACCACCAACAGCCGAAGCUCCUGUUCUUUCUCCAGAGCCUGGGUCAGGGAAGAAAAUUAGUACAGCAGGAAUCGCUGCUGGCGUCGCUUCGUCGGUUGUGGUAUUGUUGAUACUUUCAGUUUUCGCAUUUGUUCGCUUCAGGAGGAGGACCAAGGUUACAGACGCUGUCCACCCAUUGAAGAAAAUAACGAGAGCACAAUGCAUGAUUUUUGAUCUUUCUGCACUGCAAGAGGCAACCGAGAAUUUCUCGCCGAAUAAUAAGCUUGGCGAGGGUGGUUUUGGUGCUGUAUACAAGGGAGUGCUCUCAGAUGGACAAGAAGUAGCAGUGAAGAAACUUUUAGGAACUGGUCAUGGAUUGGACCAGCUAUACAAUGAGAUCAAGUUGUUGGCUGAGCUUCAGCACAAGAACCUUGUUAGGCUACAGGGAUUUUGCUUGCAUCAGGAGCAGACUCUGCUUGUUUACGAAUACCUCAAGAACAGGAGCCUGGACAACUUUCUAUUUGAUCCCAGUAGAGGGAAUGCCCUAAACUGGGAUCAACAGUACAACAUCAUUCUGGGAAUUGCCAAAGGAAUAUUGUAUCUUCACGAGGAUUCAAGCUUGAGGAUCAUUCACCGGGAUCUAAAAUCAAACAACAUUCUAGUUGGAGAUGAUAUGGAACCAAAGAUUGCGGACUUUGGAUUAGCAAGGCUGCUAGGCGAAGGUCAUACUCAUUCUAAGACAACUAGAGUUGUUGGAACAUUUGGUUAUAUGGCACCAGAGUACGCAAUAGAUGGAAAUGUGUCAACCAAGAUCGACAUUUUUAGCUUUGGUGUGCUGGUCCUCGAAAUUAUCACGAGGAGAAGGAACUGGCAUUCUGACGAUCAUGAUCUCGUUAGUGAUGUUUGGAAUUGCUGGACAAAAGGGACUGCUACAAAAAUGAUUUACCAGUCGCUCAAUGGGUACUCUGAAAGCCAAGCAUUACGAUGCAUCCACAUUGGACUACUUUGUGUCCAGCCAGACCCCGAUGACAGGCCACACAUGUCAUCUAUUAUUUUCAUGUUGACCAAGGAAAAUAUGAAGCUUCAACCACCAGCAGAACCUGCAUUCUUUUUGGGUAGAGAAUCAGCUUCCUCUCCUCCAUCCUGUGGGCAACACGGCUAUAACUGUGAUUGAUCUGGUUUAGCUAAAUCUAGUCAUUAACAUGUGAUUCGCCCGGCAAAUAGUUCUGAAAGAAUUUUUAGUAUAAACAUUCAUUUUUUUCUAGCUAGUUUGGAUCAUAAAAGUCAUCAUGGGAUUUCAAAUAAAUUGUGAAGUGUAGUUUUUUGCUUGUUUUAUUAUUUAUCAUAUACUUUUUUCUACUAUAAUUUUGUACUGAAAAUUCGAAUUAUUUUUAGUCAACUGUAAAAUAAUUAUAUAUA